AGGAAUGAGCGCUGCAUCUCCAGAGCCUGCUGGGAGUCACCGGGGAGAGAAAUGAUAGGGGCAUUUUGAAUUUGGGAACAAGUGAGAACAAACUGUGCUUUGAUUUGAUACAGGAGAGACUUACAAGACCUGACAUGAACUAUGUAGAACCUGACUUGUUGCAGUAUUCUGAUACGCAAGGCAUUAAAAGCUUCAGAGAAGAAAUCGCCAAAUUUCUCACUGAAUAUGCCAGAGCUUCAGAAGCAUUGAAUCCAGAGCAUAUAAUUGUUAUGAGUGGCUGUUGUGCCAUCUUUGCUACCCUUUCAACUGUAUUAUGUGAUCCUGGAGAUGGCUACCUUAUUCCUACUCCAUACUAUGGCGGUAUAAAUUCCAAAACUCAACUGUAUGGUGAAAUACAACCUGUUCACGUCCCCCUGUUUAGUGAGGUGACUGAUGAAGAAAGUCACCCUUUUCAGUUAAGAGUUGAAAAAUUAGAAGCUGCCCUACAGAGAGCUAAAGAGCAGGGCAUCCGAGUCAGAGCAUUAAUCCUGAUCAACCCUCACAAUCCAUUAGGGGACAUUUACCCAGCACAGUUACUGAAAGAAUGUCUAGAGUUUGCGCACAGAUAUGAAUUACAUGUAAUAAUGGAUGAAAUAUACAUGCUGUCUGUUUAUGAUGAUAUCACCUUCACCAGUGUUCUAAGCUUAGACUGUUUACCAGAUCCAGAACGGACACACUUUAUGUGGGGCUUUAGCAAGGAUUUUGGUAUGAGUGGUCUCAGAGUUGGAGUGUUAUACACCAGAAGUCAUGAAAUUCGGAAAGCUGUGAAUCAGCUGGCUGUUUUUCAUGGAUGCCCAGGACCUGUUCAAUAUGUUCUUAGCCAAUUCCUUAGUGACAGAGAUUGGUUGGAUAAUGUGUUUCUUCCUACCAACAAGAAAAGACUUAAGGAAGCGCAGAACAUUCUUGUGGAUGGUCUUUCGGAGAUUGGAGUACCUGUUCUCAAAAGUUCUGGAGGACUUUAUGUUUGGGCAGAUUUCAGAAAAUUCUUAAAAACACAGACUUUUGAAGCUGAAAUGGAGUUAUGGUGGAAGCUCCUUCAUGAAAAACUCCUUAUUAGUCCUGGAAAAGCCUUUUGCUGCUCUGAGCCUGGAUGGUUUAGAUUGGUCUUCUCAGAUUCUGCAGAUAAGAUGUAUUUGUGUAUUCAGAGACUGGAGCGGAUGUUGCGUGCUGAAAUUACAGAACCAGCUGCAAAUAAAACAUCUGUAGAAGACGAGUUACCUAAUUCAGAAAAUGACCCUAUAGCCACCCAUGCCAACACACCAAUAGAUGAAGUUUCUCACCUGAAAAAAAUUGUUGUCUAUUAAAACCUUAUAUGAAAUUUGCAGAUUGAACAUGAUAUAGCAUGCUUAUGUUUACAUAAACUAUGUAAGAUUUCACCCUGUUAAUUUGGCUGUAACUUUCUAUAACAGUCUCACUUUGCUGUAACCUGUGGUUACUCAUUUUGCAAACUAGGCUACUAGAACAGAAUUUUAGGAAACCUAGCUGGUUUCCUGACUCUUCACAUCUGUUCAGCAAAUCACUUAUGUGCACUCUUAUCUUUAGGCAUGGAAUACUGCUACAAAUCAGUGAGUCUUAAGCACGUGCUUAUCUGCAUUGCUAAAUCAGGGGCUUAAGGCAUUUUAGACAUAAUAGAAAGAGGCUGCAUAUUGUAUUGGGGGAGUAUAUUUAUAUUUCAAUCAGAAACUGAAAAUGUUGGGUUAUUUGAUUGAUUCUGAUUGUCAGGUUUUGCUAAAUUUUGUCACUUGGCAAAAUAUGUUUUUUCUAUAUCCUUAGGAACUGUAAGAAAAUAUUCAAACGUGCGCACAGCUUUUUGAAUAUGCGCACCAAUAUAAAUACUUUCUAAGAAAAUGUUCAGCUUUUCGGCUUCUGUACUCCCUUUCAAAUGUGUAAAAGUAUUUAUUUGUAUAUUGCAAUGGUUGCAUCUUUGUUGCAGAAAUGUAGGUUCUUUUGGAUAAGUUUUUCACAUAAAACAUAAACAAAGACAGCUGGAUGUGUGUGGUGUGCAUUCAUUUGAAAGGUAAGUGUAUUUGGGACUGUACACUUAUUAACCUGUAUUUGCGAACUUUAAUUCAGAGUUUGGUUCUUUAGUAGGAAUUGAGAGGGAAGUGUUACAAUCACAAAAGUGUGAUUUAUAGCAGGGUUGUCAGACAUCUGACCCCUGGAGGUGGGUCAUCUGAUCCAUAGUGCUUCUCUGGCAAAACAACUCACCUGCUAAUCCAGCCCACAGGGCUUCUUACUGCUACUCCCACAGCUGCUGUCAAUAUCACUGGCAUUGAGAGUAUGGGGUUAAUGCUACUCUGCCCCUUACUUGCCACCAAAUUUCUGAUUUUCAGUUACCAUUAGGCACACAAAUCAGUGACAUUAACCCACAUAUGCUGGCCACACUGACACAGCAGCUGUAGCAGCUGCAACAAGAAGCCCAGCAGCCUGGAUUUGAAAGUAGGUUGUUGGGCCUGCACCAAGCCCUGCAGGCUGGAUUUGGCUGCCAACUCAUUUUUGACUUCCGCAACUCUGGUCUACAGGAUUUGCACAUCCCAAAUAGGAAAAAGGAUUUGUGUAGGACUGAAAAGACUACUUGAUGGUUCAUUGCGUCUGAUUCCCUGGAACUGCAAGAAAUCAUAUAAUAGACUCAAUGUCCACAAGAAUAUUUACUGCUACCCCUCUUGCAAAGUGGCUGAGCAUUAAUAUUUUUAACACUCCAUAUGAUUAAAAUGUUUUAUCCUCACCAACUUGCAACAACCAGGCUGCAGAAACACUACUCCCCAAACUGACAGAGCAUUUCUGUUGGGGUUAAGCCAGGAGUAUUUCUGUUAUUACUCCUGCCAGGUGCCACUCUAGCACUAGGUACUGGAAGAGAGAGAGACUUCUGUGUGUUCACUGCCCUCCCUUGCUGGUAUCUAGGAGCAAGGUGAGAAAAAGGAAAAGGUGUCAGAGUAGGUUGGGAAGGAUAGAAGCAGGUAGGAGAUCGGAUAUAGGAGGUGGCUGGGAGUAAAUCAGGGCUAGGGGUGGGCAAAUGCACAGGAAAGGGAUUGAGAAUAGUGGAAAGAUUACAAUAGGGAUGUUAGUAUAUAAUACCCUACAGAUGCCACAAUUGCAUGUGAAUUUUUGACACUCAACAUUUCUCUGUCUGGCAAAUAGCUGUGAAUCCCACAGGCAAAUGUGUAUCUUUCCAUUCCAGAGAGGGUCAAACAGGUCCAGGUAACAGAAUUGGUGUGAGAAGUGUAGGAUCGUUUUUCCCCCAUUCUUUUAAUAAAAAAAUAAACAAAUACAGACUUGAAAAAAAUUCAGGUUGCAAAGUCAAGAAGUCAAAAGUUAGGAAGUGCCAAAAUUAGUGACCAGUGUAACUUCAGGUGGCUCCAUAGAAUUUGUGCAGCAUGAUACUAUUUUUAAUUACAAGAUAACAUUUUGCCUUUUUGCUAUAGAACCACCUCCUCUUCCAGAGCAAUGAUAGUAAAUAGUUUCAAUAUUUAAUUGCUUGCCUUUUCAAACCUUAUGAUUUUGAAGGCAUUUUAAUAUAACCCUUCUGAACUAGCCUCUGCAGACAAGUUUAUAACUAUACUUAAGACAGUUAAAAUAACAUUUCCAAGUACAUAAUAAAGUACAACUUCAUAAUGAACCUGUUCAUAACAAGCCCCUGCUUUUAACAAUCCCAACAACAGAAACUUAACUCUUUUCAUUAUUAUGAUGUAGCCAAUACUUUUUUAUAAAAUUUUCUCCUGCCUCUGUCUGCUGUUCUUAGGCAGUUGUACUGUGUGUCUGUCUUAACUUUGUUUUAAUGUUGCAACUUGCUUGGUACUUAAGGGAGAAGGCUCUCCAAAUUGUAUUUCACUAACCAAAUAGUUUAAUUAGUCUCAGGUAUGUAUUAAUUUUUCAUGUGCAACACAAGAUGGUUUUUUUUUUUGUUUUAUUUCUAACUUUCCAGUAAAUCCAAAAUAUAGAUGACUUGUUUUAUCUGAGUUACAAAGCCUAGGAAAUGCCAUGUUAGAUAGCAACAAGAUCAUUUAUUCCAGUAUUCUGUCUCUGAUAGUAGCCAUUACCAAAUGCUUCAGAGGAAAAUAACAGGAGAUGAGUGUGAGAUAUUUUGCCUUCUUAAGUCUCAACUAAUCUCUUUGUAAGAAAUUGGCUUAGGCUGAAAUGUCUCAUAACUAACUCUAAUCAAUCCCUUUUUUAAAUCUUAAAUUCCACAUUGUAAUCAAUACUGGGGGGUUUCUUUUUUCUUUCUCAACUAAGGAUCUUGGCAAAAGUAAUUUGCUCUAGUGUGGGCACGUCUACAUGAGACACUGACUGUACAGUAGCUGAAAAAUACUGUGCAGUAGUACCUCAUAGCACAGACAGUGCUAAUAUGCUUCUACAUAGUAUUAUUAGACUACUGGUCAAUAGCGUCGCCUAAAAGAUGUUUGCUGGCGCUACUGCGCAUUUAUUUAGUAGUUACUAAUACAAGUACUAAAUAACUGCGCAGUAGCAACUGUGCAGUAGUGUCUCAUGUAGAUGUGUCCCAUGUGUCCUAACUGCUCAUUCUAUGGUGGCAUGUAGAGACUGAAGACUAUAACAUGCCUUGUGUAUAGCAGCCUGCAGCUGUGUUGGAUGCUUAAAUUCUCCAACUCAUGAGCAUACUU